GAGUGUGUUUAUGAUCUCGUAGCAGGUCCGUUGUGGUGAAAUACCGUGUGUUUAAUAUGUUUAGAUUUUCCUCGAAAAGUUAUUAGUUUUAUAUGCGGCGUAGCUGGAUUUAAACAAAAAUAUACAAAUGCCAAUGUUGACCCAGUCCAACGUUUCCAGUUCGUCAGACAUGGAUUGGAGUAUAGACGGAGAUAAUACGGAUGUUAGUACAUCAUCAUCGCCGAAUACGCAGAAAAUAAAUUACGUUCAAGAUCAGGAUUCGCUUUCCGACGAUGACGAUUUCUCCGACGAAUUUUCCAUUAUAGAUAGCGACGAUGAAAAACGUACAGAACGACACCAAUCUCAUCAGAUCAUACAGGUAUCGAUGGAAAUCCAAUCGAAAGGCGUGGUGAAAAAAAUUUUCACAAACAGCAGAGAGCGUUGGAGACAACAAAACGUUAGCGGGGCGUUCGCCGAGCUUCGCAAGCUCGUACCGACGCAUCCCCCGGAUAAAAAGUUAUCCAAAAACGAGAUACUCAGAAUGGCGAUCAGGUAUAUUAGACUACUUACUAAUGUAUUAGAAUGGCAAAAUAACAAUUCGUUACCGGUUUGCGUGAAAACUGAAGACGCCGUUUCCAAUCAUUCUCGUUUCAUUCCUGGUUUACAUACACUUCGAACCAGAGCGAGAUUACGUCGAAAUAUUAACAAUAGUCAUCAGAUUACAAUAUGCGAUCGUAAUGGAAAUAAUUUACUGAUGAUAGCUCCUAAUAAUCAUUUACCGCACAGGAGAUGCAUCGACUUUAAACAAGGAAGAGUUAAAAUUGAAAUUAAAGAUAAGGAAGAUGAUGAUUCGAAGGAAAAUGUGAAGAUAACGGAGGAGAUUUAAACGAUUUUGGAAAAGGAAGGUGUCGAGGAUCGGUAAAGGCAUAUAUCAUCAAUUAUAGCAGCUAAAGGAUUGUAGAAUAUCCUUCCAUUAAUUCAAUUACCAAAAACGGGGUAUUUUAAGGGAUAAUCCACCCUAUUUUUGAUGUUAUGAAUAAAAUAAAUAUAUAUCAGCAAUCA